ACACCUGGGUGCGGGUUUUGUUGGCGCAUUUCUUUCUGGGCGUGUCGACGGUAGGUGUGCACAGCAGUCGCAGGAUUAUAAGCCAGCAUCCGUGCGGUGGAAGGAAACACGGCAGCUAAAAUGAGAGUGCUCGAUGUAGUGGCGAUCGCCGUAAUGGUAUGCAUGGUGAACGGUAGACACUACUGCAUGCCUGAUGAAACGUGCUGGCCGAGUGCGGAAACAAUAGAGAAAUUCGACAAAUCUCUCUCUACAGCAGCAAAUGUUCUGACUCCAGACCUUGGCGCGUGGUUUUGGGGAGCGUGUACGAUGCUGAACACGUAUCAGCAAAGGAAGCCUGGAAUGGUCGUCACAGCGCGUACAACCGAGGAUGUGCAGAAAGCAGUUCUGUUCGCUAACGAGCACAACAUCCGCAUCACGGUCGCGUCGUCUGGUCACUGCUUCGUCGGCAGGCCCGCAGAGGACGGCAGUCUUCUCAUCAACCUAGGAGCCAUGACAGCGAUGGAGAUCAAGACUAAUGUUCCUACUCUAUCAGACACGGGAGCGAUUGCCAUCGUGCAGCCAGCUGUGACGAACGCCAUGAUUCACCCGAAGGCUAAUGAUGAAGAGUAUUUGGCGGCGGCGGGAAGCUGCCCCACCGUCACGAUGGGUGGCUACCUGGUAGGAGGAGGUCACGGACCGAACACCAGAAACAUCGGUCUCGGCUCUGAUAACGUGAUCGGCGUUACCAUGGUGCUUGCCAACGGCAGCAUCGCUCAACUAAAGCAGGACAGCACCAUCAUAACAGACGUUGACGGAAAGGAAAGUUCCAGUGAUGACCCGGACUUGUUCUGGGCCAUCCGCGGCGGCGGCGGUGCCUUCGGGGUCAUCACCGAGUUUACAGUGAAGCUGCACAAGGCCAAGACGGGCUUCACAAGGCUCUACGCUAACUUCAAGUUCAACGAUGAAGUCGAGAAGAAUAAGGUGUACGCAGGCGACGUGAUGGCGUUCUACUUUGACGAGGUUCUGCCAAACAUGGACAUGGGCUGGAGCGGGUACAUUAUCCCAUCUGCAGGAAUACGGACGCCGGUGGGAUUCACGGCUGGCAGCGUGCAAUUUAUCUUGCUUCACAACGGCAAGGCAACCACCGCGGAACGAGAGCAGGUGAUGCCCUUAACGACCUUCCGCCCCGAAUGGCAAGCUUCCGUCGCCUUUACGGAUUUCACCGAUUUCUGGGAAUAUCAGAAGGACGUCAACGAUCCCACGGGCUUUCCUCUCGGAAUGGACAGUCGUCUGCAACAGAUGGAGUUUCUCACAAACGACUUCGCACAGGAGAUGUCGAAGCUAAUGUACGAUGGAGCGACUAGAGGGGAAGACUUUGCCCACAUCUCCUGCACGAUGGUGCAUGUCGGAGGUCUGGCAUCGGGCAACCGUAACACGACGUCGGUUAGCGACGACAUGCGUGACGCGACGCUGUCAUCUAGCUGCGCAGGAACAUGGAACGAAUAUGGCGAAGAAAGCCUGCUCAACUUCCUCAAGGAUGAGUGGAACCCCAUGAUGAGCAAAUAUGGCCGUGGUGUGUACUACAACGAACCGGGAUUCGAACUCCCGAACUACGCUGACGAUUUCUGGGGACCAAAGUACGAUCGUUUACUCGAGAUCAAGAAGAAACAUGAUCCCAAUAACGUGUUCAAUUGUAAACAAUGCGUUGGCUGGGAGAAGGUAGCAACCGGCAGUGGGCGACAACUGUACUAUACAUGUAGCUCACUCUUGCUGACGGCUCUCAUAACAGCGCAUUUAAUCUAAAAUAGAAUAUUCCUAGUCGACAGGUAAAUUUCUGUUACUCUGUAGAAGCGGUUGGGGAUAAUAUGUUCAUAGAUUAGUGUUGUGUAGUAUGGUUGCGAAGGAGUGCGUGUGUUGAAUCAACAUUAUUAGUAGUUAUCAGUAGCAGCAAGUCACAUACACACACAGAAAAUCCAUCUUGACGUGAUGCG